AUGGGAGAUGCACCGCCUCCGCCUCCCGCCACUAAUGGCGUGAAGAAACAAGGGUGGGGAGCCCCCCCGAGCAAGAAAACCCCACUGAACGUCGAAGAACUAGUGAAAGCAAAGAGGGCGGCGGACUUGGCGGCUAGCAAGCCCAAAUUCAUAAGUAAAGCCGAGAGAGAGCGCAUUGCCUUGGAAAAACGGGCUAAGGAGGUUGCUGCAGCCUCGACUGCUGUCAAAACCAAUGGCUAUGGAGACGCUCCAACGGAGAAGGACUUGAAGCACACAAACGGCAACAAGGAUAUUCGGAAUGGUCAUGGCUACAGCAAUGGCUACUCGAACGGCCACGACGCCCUCCCAAAGGGCCCAAGAGCAGACCGUGAUCGCGAACACAUCCCCAGCGGUCCAGCAGCAAUGCGGAAACAUGGUCGCCCGUCAGAUCUCAGUCCACCCGCUCCGCCCAAGCCCAUCGCUUUUGGUGCAGGAGAUUCCAAGAAGAAAGCUAGCGACGCCGAGUCCUUCGAGAAAGAGCAGGAAGAGCUGCGCAGAAGGAGAUAUUUGGGUCCGGAGCACAACAUAUCCACCUUCUCGGCGAGCAAGAAGCGGAAACGGACAACAGACAAGAAGUUCAACUUCGGCUGGGACGAGGACGAAGACACCUCAGCACCCAACGACACGUGGCUAGAUUCAAAGAUGCAGACCUCAUUCUUCGGCAGAGGUCGUCUGGGAGGCUUCGACGACACGGUCGCGCAAGAGAACGCCAAAGCAUAUGCCGCAGCUCUCGAGGCACGUGACAAGGAAACCGGAGCCGCACGCGCCAAAGAAUUCCUAGAACAGGAACGAAGACGCCGAGAGCACUCCCACCGCAUGGCUAUCGACGUGCACUGGAGCAAGAAAGAUCUGAACCAGAUGCGCGAACGUGACUGGCGUAUAUUCAAAGAGGACUUCAACAUCGCCACCAAAGGCGGCGCCAUCCCUAACCCGAUGCGCAACUGGCAAGAGUCCAACCUGCCCUCCCGACUCCUCAACAUCAUCGACGAGAUCGGCUACAAAGACCCCUCAGCCAUUCAACGCGCCGCCAUCCCCAUCGCCAUGCAGAACCGCGACCUCAUUGGCGUUGCCGUCACCGGCUCCGGAAAGACCGCCGCCUUCCUCCUCCCUCUCCUAGUCUACAUCUCCGAGCUGCCCCGCCUGGACGAAUCCGAAUGGCGCCGCUCAAACGGUCCCUACGCCAUUGUCCUCGCCCCGACCCGCGAACUGGCUCAACAAAUCGAGCUGGAAGCCCGCAAGUUCUGCGGCCCGUUGGGCUUCAAUGUCGUCUCCAUCGUCGGAGGUCACUCCAUCGAAGAACAAGCCUACAACCUCCGCAACGGCUGCGAAAUCAUCAUCGCCACGCCCGGUCGGCUUGUAGACUGUAUUGACCGCCGCAUCAUCGUGUUGGAACAGUGCUGCUACGUCAUCAUGGACGAAGCCGAUCGCAUGAUUGACCUAGGGUUCGAAGAGCCCGUGAACCGCAUCCUCUCCGCUUUGCCAGUUGGCAAUGAGAAACCCGACACGGAUGCUGCAGAAAACGCCCGCGCCAUGUCCGCCCACCUUGGCGACCGGGAGCGCUAUUGGCAAACAAUGAUGUACACGGCCACUAUGCCCGCUGCCGUUGAGCGGAUAGCACGCAAAUAUCUCCGAAGGCCCGCUAUUGUCACCAUCGGCAACGUGGGCGAAGCAGUCGACACAGUCGAGCAACGCGUCGAGUUUGUGUCUGGAGAAGACAAACGUAAACACCGCCUCAAGGACAUCUUGCGCGGCUUUCCUGCACCGAUCAUCGUCUUCGUCAAUAUCAAGCGCAACUGUGAUGCCGUCGCUCGCGAUGUCAAGCAAAUGGGCUACAACGCCGUCACCUUACACGGCUCAAAGACACAAGAACAGCGUGAAGCUGCGCUGCUCUCCCUCCGCGAAGGGCGUUCCGACGUGCUCGUCGCCACAGACUUGGCUGGUAGAGGUAUCGAUGUUCCCGACGUCAGCUUAGUAGUCAACUUCAACAUGGCGACAAACAUAGAGUCCUACACGCACAGGAUAGGAAGAACUGGCAGAGCAGGCAAGACGGGUGUCGCGAUUACAUUCUUGGGACCCGAGGAUAAUGAUGUGUUGUAUGACUUGAAGAUGAUGUUGGGUAAAAGCGAGCGGUCGAGGGUGCCGGAAGAGUUGAGACGGCAUGAGGCUGCGCAGCGGAAGGGUGCUGGAAGGGGUGCUGGGAAGGGUGGCGCGGGGGAGAAGGCGAUUGAAAAUUGA